AUGGACCCGGCGACGCAGCUCCGACGUCAACCUAGCGGCCCAAUCACGGCGGCGCUCGCACGCGGCUCGUCCACACGCCAGCAGGCAGGCGCUAACGCCGAUGCGUCUCAGUAUUUCACGCGACUGGAGCUCAAGACGCGCCUCACUACGCUGCAACUCCAGCUUCGUCACCUGCUGGUACAAACCAAGUUGGCCUGGAUGCGAUGCUUCGGCGAGUCUCGCACAACGGCGACCCGCGCCGCCGCCCUGCAGAUGGUACAGCUCGGCGAGGGAUUGACAGCUAGUCUUUCGCGUGCCUUCGACUUGGCGGCAGGUACAGCGACUGCACCGCUGUCCGAGUACCAGGCGCUAGUCAAGAGGGUAGAGUCCGAGAUGGCUACGUUUCAGAGCCUCGUCGGGAGUAGAAACCGGUGA